AUGAUGCUAGAAAAGCUAAGUUUAGCUUGUGACAGACUGCUGUCACACCGGCAGCUCGCAUGCUGCCAGUGUUACUGUGGCAUACCACUGCACGGCAAGGAGAUGCUGAUUUACAAUAACAUGGACGUGCAUCAAAAGCCCCUGCUGCUGGCUGGCCACCAUGGAGACAUCAGUGCCAUGACUUUUGGAAAAGGAAGCAGACCUGUCCUCCUCUGCUCUGCCUCUGCUGAUUAUAUCAUUGUUUGGGAUGUUGAACUGUGUGCAAAGAGAACCAAAGAGGGUAAAAUUGCAUCUGGAACAGUUAUAGGGACUUUACUGGGUGAAGUUGUCCAUCUUUCAUUCUGUUUUUCUGACGAACGAGUGGCUGCAUGCUCAGGAACAACUGCAUAUGUUCUCAGCGCUAAGAAACAGGAAGUGAUCUCUACCUUGAACGGCCAUCUGGGACCCUUAACUUCAGCAGAGUUCUGUCCCUGGAAUAAAGAUAUCGUUGUCACCACUUCUGAGGACCGCACUUUCAAGGUUUGGGAUUUAAAAACGGAAGCUGUUGUCUACCAGUCAUUUGUGCUUUCAGCCACUUCCCUGCUUAGCGUGCUCUUCUUGGAGGAGGAUAGGCAGCUGAUUACCGGCUCAAGUGAUGGACAGGUGUGGUGCUUUUCUCUCAGUGUUGACUACAAGUGUCCCCUGGUGACUAAAAUGGACCUUCAGAAGAUGGAGAAGAGACAUCAGAUGCACCAAGAGCCUGUGAGCCAUCAAGCAGGGUGUAUUACUGAACAAUCAGCUGUGGAGACUUCAAAACCUGUCCUCCAAAUGGCUUUAUGUGGCUCAUUUACAAACACUACUACUGACCAAAAAAGAGACAACAGCUGGUUUUGUAUUGGAAGCUCCGAUGGCCUAUAUGUAGUGGAUUUGGCUACUUCAGAACUUGUAACAGCACUAUAUUUCAAAGAUUACCCCAACCUGAGCAUCACCAUGGCUGGAUCAUGGUCAGUAUCACCAGGGAGCAAUAACUCCAUGGUGGUUUUAGUGAGCGCUUUGUUUACUCCAAAUGUUGUCCUGCUGGAGUUGCAUCUGUGUGACCUCGGGAGGAUCCGGACUUGUGGUGAAGGCUUUUCGGUGUUCCCAAGUGCUCCUCCACUGCUCGACUCUCCUCUCAGUGCUGAAAUAAAGAAGAAGGAACCCAACCAUCCUAAAAAGAAAGGAGGUAUAAAGGACCAGCCUCUGGUUUUCCACACAAAAGUGAAGUCAUCUGGAUACACCAGUGCCCCAAGAAUGACAAUGUUUUCACCCAAAACAAAUGUUCAGAAGCAUUCUUCCCCAAAAAAGGCUACCAACAAAACAGGUUUACUCCACAGAGAUUACCCAGCAGACAGUGCGGCACCAACUGUUCCAUGUAUCGAUCUAAGCAUUACAAAGAAACAAAUCUCAUGCCUUCAGUAUUCAGGUGACGGAAAACAAAUCCUGUGUGGUCUUGGCGACAGCUCAGUAUUAUUGUACAAGUCCUGCCUUACUGGCAAUCCAACUGUCUACUUAGGGCACGACAAGCCAGUGAGCAGUGUGAGCUGGAGCCUCGGCAGACGGUGGUGGUUGAGUGCGUCAGAUGACCUGUCACUACGAAUCUGGACCCACUGCAGCUCAGAACCUGCAAUUAUCAUGGGCGACACCAUGUUCUCCAAACCCAUUAGAGGUGCUCAGUUUUAUUACCUUGACAAAUUUCUGCUUCUGGCAUCCGGACCCUCUCUAUACUUGUACCUGUAUAAUGUGGACAAUGCACGUGACGACAUAAAAAGAUGUCAGCAACGGAGUGUGGUGAGACCGGCAGGAUGCUUUACAACAACAUCAGCAACACACAUCACAGCCUUGUCUGCAAUCAAUGAUUUCUUCUCUUACAUUGUCCUGGCGUGUGGCUCAGAUCGGUCCAUUCAAGUAUUUGACAUGAACAAAGGUACAGCUGCUGCCGAGCUGCCUGAUGCCCACAGCAGAGCCGUCCACUGCAUCACACAGAACAAGGGAUCCGCGUUCAGCACACAGGCUCCAGAUUCCUACAACCUCUUCCUCACGAGUGCAGUCACAGAUGGUGUGAAGAUUUGGGACCUUCGCAUGCUUAGGUGUGUACGGCGCUAUGACAACCAUCUAAAUCGCUGCCAUCCGUGCUCUUUAGCCAUCUCCCCAUGUGGCCGGUUCAUUGCCUCAGGCUCUGAGGACAACUGUGCCUACAUAUAUGACAUCCGUAGCAGCACCUACCUCCACAAACUUCAGAAACAUUCAGACACAGUGCUCAGUGUUGCUUUCCACCCAGCCAAACCAGAGCUGCUGACUGGAACCCUGGAUGGGAAGCUCAGGCUGUUUCAGUCCAGCAGUGGGUCUCGUUUGUCUCAUGACACCAAUGCUGCUGGGCACAGUGUCCCCAACAUGACUGCAUAA